UCAGUGUCCCACAGAUUGCUGUGCUACUGAUGUGGACUUUGUCAUUCUCCUUUAUAAGGAAGACGUUGAGGGAGGACUGAGCAGGAUUAAAAUAUGAGUUAUUUUCACACUAAACAGUAAAUCAUUUAACGACAUUCAUCUAGCACACAUCAAAGGCAGGUGUGUGUGAGAGUGGACAAGAUGUUCAGGAGCAACAGUCCCUUUGACAAUGACACCAGCAGCUACGCUGGAUCCAUCCGGUCCAAUGGUUUCUCCAACACGGAUGAUGUGUCAUCGCAGGCGUCAAAUGUGUCGAAGCUCAGUGCCAUGUCAGUUUACUUGCAAAGGAAGGAGUAUGCAGAGUCAGUAAACAAGAUGAUGGACAAAUUACGGUACAGAGUGGAGCACUUGUUCACCUGUGACCUGGAUGGGAAGGAGCUGAGAGGCGUGGGGGACUGUGUGGAGCGGCUGAAGCUUCUGGACGGUAUGGGCCGAGUUUGGGGUCAGAACAUGAGGCUGGAGGUGCGAGGAGCAAACCUGCUGCUCACAGACAGAGAAACCAAGGAGGAACUGGAGUCCAUGUCCUUCAGUGACAUCCUGGAGCUGAAGGCGGUGCUGGACGCCGGCGUGUUUAACUCCCUGCUCACAGUGUCUGUCCGGCCCGAGGGGAAACACACCACCACCGUCUUCAUGUUUCAGUGUGAGGAUAUCAGGGCUGACUAUGUCCAAAGGGAUCUCUCAGCAGCAUUGUCACGCAGGAAACAUGAUUUAGGCAUCAGCAGCAAUGCAGGACCAAUAGCAAGACAUCAGGGAAUGGAAAACCUUAGUAACGGUGAAGAUUUCUCUGAACCAAAAGAGCAAAGGCCCCCCCAAUGGACGGCUCCUGACUAUGAGGAGUAUGACGUACCUGAGCCUCAACCAGUUGUACAUCAGGAGGAAGAGGAGGACCCACCUCCCAGAGAGAGGGCACCGUCACCGCAGCCCUCCACCACCGAAGAAGAACCUCUGUCGAGCCAACGUCCAUACACAGACCUGGACAGGAAUGUAGACAUCUUGAAUCAUAUUUUAGGUGACAUAGAAAUCUUCAUGGGAAAAGUGUCUGCAGUAGUAGCGAAAAAUGCAAAGAAAAAGAAGAAAAAGAAAAAAGGAAAAGCCCUAGACGGUAUGCCACCUGCAGCAGAGUUUGAAGAGUGUUUCCAUAAGAUCAAAUGUGGAUUCAACCUGGUGGGGGAGCUCAAUGGAAGGAUUAACAAUCCCAGCGCUCCUGAAUUUGUUCACUCCUUAUUUUCCAUAUUAACAUUCCUGGUAUCUCACUGCCCUGAAGAUCUGCUGAAGACCAUCGUGGCGCCGCUGCUGACGCCUCAGUGUAUCCGUCUGCUGAGUGAGGAGGCGUCCACAGAGGAGGACCAGCUGUGGCAGUCUCUGGGAGACGCCUGGAACAUCCCCAGCACCCAAUGGCCAGAAGACGACGAGGACAUCCCAACAUACACUCUGGAGUUCUCUGACGGCUGGCAGGCCCCUGAGGUGACUGCAGCACCUGAACCCAGUGAACCAAUGAGAAGAGAGGAGCGUCAACAACCUGCACCCUACCAGGCUCCAGCCAAGAGUAUAACACCAGCUCAUCGCCCCAAAAAAUCAUCACGCUUUGUUCAGUCGCCAACGCGUGACAUGUAUGUUACGUAUGACUUCAUCUCAAGAAACCAAAGAGAGCUCACCGUGAGAAAAGGAGAAGUAGUUCAGCUGCUGGACAUGUCGAAGCAGUGGUGGAAAGUGAGGGACAGCGCAGGGCAGGAGGGCUAUGUUCCCAAUAAUGUCCUGGAGGUUUAUGAUGAACAACAGAUGGAGCAGGCGCCUGGGGGUCCUCCUGUGCUGACAAAGAAAUCCAAGCCUGCAGAAGUGAAAGCUUGGCUGGAAGACAAAGGCUUUGGUAAAAUCACUGUGCGCUGUCUGGGCGGGCUGAGCGGCUCCAUGCUGCUGGGCAUGAGCCGAGAGGAACUGAAGACCGUUUGUCCCGAGGAAGGAGGACGAGUCUUCUUCCAGUUACAAGCAGUCAAAUCCGCCAUGAGUGUUGCCACGUAAGAGACCAACAAGAGAAAACCAAAGAAGAAGGAGAACAAGAACUCCCUAUGGACCAUGUCACAAUACUGUAUACUUUUAAAUAAGUGUGAGAUUGUUAAGCAUUAUCUGAAUCCUUGUAUACAAUUAUAUGCAUCUCAUUUUGAAUUCAUAUAUAGUAUUUGUUUGGUUGAGAAAUCUGCUGUAAAUCCAAAGUGUAAUCUAAUCAGUAGAGAUGAUAUAAAGUGCAUUGAGACAAUGUUCCCAGCAAUGCUAUGUACAAUGUCUUACUAUAUUAUGAUAGCAAAGUCCGAUGAUGUAACACGAUGUAAACAGCCUUAUGUAUGUGUUCAUUCAGUAACGUGUAAAUAAAAGUUUUCUGGCACAACA